AUGUCUCUUCUUUCCGAUCUCGUUAAUCUCGAUCUUUCUGGUUCCACUGAAAAGAUCAUUGCAGAAUACAUAUGGAUUGGUGGUUCUGGUGUGGACAUAAGAAGCAAAGCUAGGACCCUUCCUGGACCGGUUUCUGAUCCUUCAGAACUACCAAAAUGGAACUACGAUGGAUCUAGCACCAAGCAAGCCCCUGGCGAGGACAGUGAAAUCAUUAUACAUCCUCAAGCAAUAUAUAAGGAUCCAUUCAGGAGAGGCAACAACAUUCUUGUGAUGUGUGAUGCAUACAACCCUCAAGGAGACCCGAUUCCAACUAAUAAACGUCAUAAUGCCGCAAAAAUAUUUAGCCAUUCUGACGUCAUUGCAGAAGAAACCUGGUUUGGCAUAGAACAAGAGUAUACAUUGCUACAAAAAGAUGUAAAGUGGCCAAUUGGGUGGCCUAUUGGAGGGUACCCUGGACCUCAAGGACCGUAUUAUUGUGGUACAGGUGCUGAUAAAGCCUUUGGGCGCGAUAUUGUUGAUGCACAUUACAAGGCUUGUUUGUAUGCCGGAAUAAAUAUUAGUGGCACUAAUGGAGAGGUUAUGCCUGGCCAGUGGGAGUUUCAAGUUGGUCCGUCGGUUGGCAUCUCCGCCGGCGACCAGGUGUGGGUGGCUCGCUACAUUUUAGAGAGGAUAACUGAGAUCGCCGGAGUGGUUCUUUCAUUUGACCCAAAACCUGUUCAUGGUGAUUGGAAUGGAGCAGGUGCUCACACGAACUACAGUACGAAAUCAAUGAGAUCAGAUGGAGGUUUUGAUGUGAUAAGGAAGGCGAUUGGAAAGCUUGAAAAGAGGCAUAAGGAACAUAUAGCUGCUUAUGGAGAAGGCAAUGAGCGCCGACUAACCGGAAAGCAUGAGACGGCAGAUAUCAAUAACUUCAAUUGGGGUGUAGCGGAUCGUGGAGCAUCAGUUAGGGUUGGAAGAGAAACGGAGAAGGCAAAUAAAGGUUAUUUUGAGGACAGAAGGCCAUCAUCGAAUAUGGAUCCUUAUGUUGUCACUUCAAUGAUUGCUGAGACAACCAUUAUCUGGCAGCCUUGA